CAUUGGACCGUGUCCCUAGUGGCAUAAAAGUUUACGGGAGAAGAUAGGAGGAGCAUAACUUUGAGGGGAUUCCACUCGUGGCCUACGACCUCAGUUGUUAAAACAUAUUAUAGCGUUCUCGGGAGACAGGCCUACAAUUGCUGAUCAGUAGGCUGUCAGUGAUCAAUAUUCGGGUUUACUGCUGUUGUGUAUGGAAACCAAAUAGCAUGCUCCGAGAGAGACUGCACUGUAGAUAGUCAACCUGCGUUGCGGACGAGAUCACAACAGCUGAAAACCCAUCCAUUCUGAUCAACCAGGACAAGGCCCUUUCACUGGGAUGGCUGAGAACAACUUCCCCCCGCUGCCUGGGUUCAUCCCCCUGAAGCCCUGCUUCUACCAGAACUUUGACGAGAUUCCUGAGCAACACCGCGACACGUGCAAGAAGCUCUACCACCUCUGGAUAUUUCACUCUGCCACGCUGGCGGUGAACUUCGUGGGCUGCCUGGUGUGGAUGUUUGCCGGCGGCGGCGUCACUAACUUCGGCAUGGCCAUCAUGUGGUUGAUCCUUUUCACCCCGUGCUCCUACGUGUGUUGGUUCAGACCCAUCUACAAGGCAUACCAGACAGACAGCUCCUUCCAAUUCAUGGCUUUCUUCUUUGUCUUCAUGGCCCAAUGCUUCAUCAGCAUCAUCCAGGCCAUUGGUAUCCCAGGCUGGGGAGUGUGUGGCUGGCUAGGCACCAUCUCCUUUUUUGGCACCAGCAUCUUCGCCUCCAUCAUCAUGCUGGUCCCCACUCUCAUGUUCACUGCCAUGGCAACGUUCUCCUUCAUUGCCCUCACCAAGGUGCACAACUUCUACCGGGGCAGCGGAGGCAGCAUGUCCAAGGCCCAGGAGGAGUGGACCACGGGGGCCUGGAAGAGUCCGGUGGUCCAGCAGGCAGCGGGGCAGGCAGCUAUGGGGGCCAUGACGGCGGGCAUGCAAGGCCCGGGGCAGGAGCCGCAGUACACCGCACCACCACCUAACUACGACUAUGACAACCAGGUGUAAGGGGAGGAGGAGGAGAGGGGGUGGGGGGGAGAGUAGAGGAGAGGCAAGGAGAGGAAGAGUGAGAGAGGGG